GUAGUGUUUUUACAAAUCAAAUUUUGAGGUUAAGUGGUUAAGUUUGAUAUCCUGCAAGGAAUCCCUACAAUAGAUUAUUGAUAAGAAACUAUCGGUUAAGUUGAAAUGUGUUAUCCUUAGUUAUGGACAGUGACAUGACAUUUGAUGAAUUUGAAACAGAUGAAAUCGAGUUGAAUAGUGAGUUAUUUUGUGAUCUGAAACCUGUCAGUGGAGUAACUUGGAUUAAUGAUGAAGACAAUGAUGAAACUGAGUUGGGUUUCCACAGAGUUAACUCUGACCAAAUUAUUUACCAAACGAAAAAGAAGAGGUUUAAAAUGAUAGGAAAAUAUGUUAUGGGCGAUAUGUUAGGAGAGGGAAGUUAUGCUAAAGUGAAAGAGAUGUUGGACACUGAAACUUUAUGUAGACGUGCUGUUAAAAUUUUGAAGAAGAGGAAAUUAAGGAGGAUACCAAAUGGAGAAGAGAAUGUUAAAAGAGAAAUUCAACUGUUGAAGAGGUUAAAACACAAGAAUGUGAUUCAACUAGUGGACGUAAUGUAUAAUGACGAGAAGCAGAAGAUGUACAUAGUGAUGGAAUUUUGCGUGGGCGGCCUUCAAGACAUGCUGGAGAGCACUCCUCACAAGAAGUUUCCAGAGUGGCAGGCACACGGGUAUUUCUGCCAACUAGUUGAUGGACUGGAGUACCUCCACAGCCAUGGCAUCGUACACAAAGACAUCAAACCCAGCAAUCUGCUGCUCACGCUCAACGGAACCCUCAAGAUCUCUGACCUUGGAGUGGCUGAGGCACUGGACAUGUUUGCCCCCGAUGACACAUGCUUCACCAGUCAGGGUUCCCCUGCUUUCCAACCACCCGAGAUAGCCAACGGCGUGGAAAAGUUUGCCGGUUUUAAAGUGGACGUAUGGAGCAGUGGAGUCACUUUGUUCAACCUAACAACGGGGAAAUAUCCGUUUGAAGGCGACAACAUCUAUCGGCUGUUCGAGAGCAUCGGUAGAGGUGAUGUGGAGAUACCGGAGGAGGUGACGGAGCCCCUGAGCAGUCUACUGCGUGGCAUGUUGCAUAAGGAACCCGGGCCGAGGUUCACACUCAGCCAGAUACGGCACCACCCAUGGUUCCUCCGUAAACCAGGUCGGACGCUAGAGGAAGUUCCCGUGCCACCUCUCCGUGGGGAUGAACUGCACCGCAUGACAGUGCUACCAUAUCUCAUUAACUACUUCUACGGAGAAGAUGACAGCCAGUACUCUGCGGAAUACAUCACCCAGCGGCAACUCAACGAGAACCACAAGUACGUUGACUAUGCCAGCAAUGGAAACCUGGAGUCUGCCGGAGCAAAGAGUGAGCGGAAAUCAAAUAAGCCCUCUUGGAGGCGGCCGACAUCUUGUCUGAGUGUUAAGAAGCUGCCAUCUUGUCGCCCGUCGUGACUCGCAACGAGAUGGCCGGUAAUCGUAACACUACAAGUCUAAACGCACCGAGUUACCACUCCCGGACGCUUGCCGCAAGGUUGCUACGAGUCUGGCUCACUGAGACUCAGCCUGGCUGUCUGCGGUUUUUGGAGAAAAUCAUGACUUUAGUUUCAUUAAUGUUUUCCAUGGCAGAAUUUGGUUGUACGUUAGUUUAUAUGUAAUAUGGAACUUUUUUUUAUGUAUUGAUAAUUGGAGUUUAUGCUCAAUAAAUACAUUACGCUAAGCGUUAUUUGUGAGUAUGUCAGUUUUGAUUUUCUAGAAACAGUAUGUAUUUGAGUCUUCAAGUUUUAAACUUGAUCACAAUAACACUUACGUUUUUCUCGGAUUUUGGGUCGGAUUUGUACAAAUAAUGGUCAAACUGUGAUUUUGAGGAUUGUCAUUGAGAAAAGUAUAUAAUUUGAGAAGGAUUACUUACUACCAUAGCUAUACAACUAGCUCUGUCAUAUUCUAAGAAAGUAGGCAGAGAGCUUUGUCAAAACGUUAUGCUACUUAAUUUGUUAUUUUUUACUUAUUAAAGUUUUACAUAAUACAUGUUAAUCAUGUCGUAACCGUAUUAUUGCCUUGAAAACUGUACAAUCUUCAAAGAAGUUGAAACCUUACCUUGUAAGUAUAAAUAUGUAAAACAGUUGCAAAAUAUUCUUCAGACAACAAAAAUUACUUAAAACGUAUUUAGUGAAGAUAAAUGAUUAGCUGACUCAUGUAAAUGGAACACCAGUACAGUUAAUAACCUCAUCAAGUUAUGACAAAUGUUAAUUUUAUUGUCAUUUAUUAUGUAAAUUCUGUCCCAGAACCCUUUUCAAAAGUGUCAUAUACUUAUUUGGUAUUAAAAUACAACUUACAAAUUUUCUGUUCUACUUAUUGUUGUGAUACAAAAACCUCUUGAUUUUCAUCUUUAUAUAUCACUUACCUCUUUUGUUAAAGUUAUGCAUUGUAAAUAUCACAAAUUAUCAUCACUUAUCAAAAUAAUUUUUACCUUUACAUAUGUUUUUAAAAACCUUUAGAUUUUGAUAACCUUUGAAUUAUAUUUCAUUCUCUCAGUGAAUGUGUUUUAAUGCAAAGAAUACAGAAUGAUUUUAUAAUUCAGGAUGUUGUAUUAGAUUAUAAAAAAAUUCUAAUAUUACUGCCCAAAAAAAGUUGAGUUGUUAAAAAAAAUAAAAUGAUAGUUAUUUAAGUAAAUUUUUAGGAAUGUAGCACAAAUGAAGGUUGUUGGUUUAUUCGGGCAGAUUCUUUUUAGUUUUUUGUGCAGUGAUCGCCAAAGUAAAAAAAAAAUUUCAAUGAUAUUUCUGGUACAUUUGAAAGAAUGUAUGUUGUAUGCAGUCACAGCCGUGAAAUGUUAUUGGACUAUAAAUAAGUGCUACUAUACAUGUUGUUGAAAAUGUUGUUAUAUAAUGGUUUGUCCUCUGAAAUCUUUUAAAAAGGUAAAAAUUUGGACAUCCUUAAAAUGCAAGGACUUUCAAAAUAAUUCAAGAUUUGUGAAAAGUGGGUUCAAAUAUAAUGGCUACUACAUAGGCAAAUUUUAAAGUUUUCAUUCAUAUUAGGGCUGAUCUAAAAACUCAUUCAUGACAAACUUUAUUCUUAAUCAAUCAAUCCUGCAGUAAUAAAAAUUUCAAAAGACUGUACAAAUCUAGUACAGUCAAUAUUGAUUACCAGGGUAAGUAAAGGGCAUAAUUGGCCAUGGAUAACCCUAAACUAUGGAUAAUACAAGAGUAAAAAUGCAUACAAAUGUAGCUUACACCACUGCUGUCAGAAUCACUAACGUAGGGUAAGCGAUAGCUUGUUAUUUUCUUUUAGAGCUGUCUAAGGGUGACAUUAUUUUAUUAUAUUUUUAAUAUCCCAAUAAAUUACAAACAAUUGAAUAUAACUGUUGUAGUACACAAAAGAGGUUUUGGUUUUUAUUGAAAACUAAGCAUUACAAAUUGAAUAUAAAUCAUAUUCCCACAAAUAAAAUUGUAAAAGAGUCCCUGUUAAACAAACUUGAUUGAAAUAUUUGAUAGAAUUUAUACUAUUGGCAGACAGAUUUAGUACAAUAUCGUACUGUGCCAUGGACAUAACUGAUACGGACCGAUAAAUUGCUGAGUUCUUUUCUUUCCACUGGAUCAAACAUGGAGAUAAAUGAAGAUAAAAAUGCAAUGUUACCAAUUCAUUGGUUGAAUAAAAUUGUGGAAUUCUUUGGUAAAUGCUUGUUAGUGCUGCGAACUACUGCUAUGCCCAAAUUUCCUUGCGUUCUAGUAUCAGUUUAUUUGCUGUUGUGUAGACAAUUAUUAUAAUUGUGCUAUUUGAGGAUUUAUUAAGUUUAAAAAAGAAGGAGAUUGCUGUCCUGUUGAUGCUAGAAUCUUAUUAAUAUUAUCUACUUGGUCACACAUAGAGUUUGAAAACGUCUGCAUCUUUUCUGAUUGAUGUCUUACAAAGAUUUUUCUGGUGUUCGUUUGUUGAUAUUUAUGUGAAAAGGAAUUUAAUUAAACUGAAAGUUUAUAUUAUUAACUCCUAUUUGGCAGUUGGUAUUUAGUAACUACACCUGGCUCUUAGUUUUCACCGCUCACCUAAAGUCGUGGUUAUAGGGUCAUCUCAGUUGAAGCGGGAGGAUCAGAAAGGCAUAAUUUAUUGCUACAGUAAUGGUCUCACACCUUUCAACUUCUAAUCAUUACCUCACUUCCUGCGUUCCAUGUUCACUUUUUGUUCGUUUACAAUUCUUGGUCAUUUUAAUCUGUUAGCAACACCAGUCAACUAGCAACAAGUUUGAUGAGCCCUGAACAAUCGUACCUCAAAAAGUGUGAUAUUUCCAAUCUCUCUAUCAGAAGUUAGAGAUUAGAACUUAUAUUUGGAUCAAAAUCAACAAAAAAAGUUGAAAUAGAAAUGUUCUGAACAACUGUUUUCUCAUUCUGUUUGCAUAUAUGAGUGCACUUAAAAAUUUGCUUUCUAAUUUUGGUUUUAUUUUGACACUUCAAUAUUUGGACAUUUUCUCACUAUUCAUUUAAAAAAAUUUAAAGUGAUUCAACCAGUAAUUUGUUUGUGACAAGUACCAACACUUGCAGUUAAUGUAGAUCACUACUUAUUGCCAAUAAUUUUUAAACUUUUUGCAAUAAUAACAACAUUUUGUACUUUCUGGGACAGUUUCUGCAGCUUUCAUUGUACAGUCAGGCUGCUUUGGUGUACACCACUGGAAUGCAUCAUAAUAUUAGCUAAUUAGCGAAAAAUAGUUUUUAAAAUUAUUCUAUAUAGUGUUUAACACAUUAUAUAGGAUCAGACAGGUUCUUCUUAAAACUGUGUUGUCUGUACGAUAAAUACUAAGAGAAAAAUCUCAGCCACUUAAAACAAAGUACGAAGGUUCUUCUUGGUCUAGGGAAGAGCUCCAUUGAUUUUUGUGUCAGAGGGUCAAAGACCACCAUAGUUGUCCGAUCACUAAACAAAUGACAUGAAGACUUGAUGGACAUAGUACUUCUAAAUAUAUUAGUACCUAUAAAAACUUCUGUUAAGUUGGUUUAUUUUAAGUAAACUGAUUUUUUGUUCGUAAUAGAUACGAGUAUUCUGUAAAUUAGAAUGGAAAUAUUUAGACUGAAAAAAUACUAUGCUAUAAAGCCAGUUUUAUUUAUUAUUUAGUUUCCACCAAAGAAUGUAUCAGAUUUUGGGUGUUAGCGAUUUUGUGAAGAAAGGUUUAUUUACAAAUGAGUCAGUCAUUUUCUCUCUAUUUGCAAUUCAGUGCUAAAAUUUGAAUAAAAACAAUUCCUUUAGUUGUAAAUGAAUGUAUUGAAAAUCUUUAAAAAAGUUAUUAAAAUUAAAGUUAAUUAAAUUUAUUAGCCAAAUAAUUGUUUUGCAUAUAAGUUUCUGUAUUUAUCGAGUACUGUAAUAUUAAGCAUCAUAAUGCCUUGCGAACGUAAAUUUGAUACUCACCCCUAUUUUUACACCACUUUUCCAAUGAAUCCAUGUAACGUUUAUAUUUUAGUACCAUUGUAAUGCUACUGUGAAGAUUAUUGGUAGAAAUACCCCAUGCUUUAUAUUUACGACUAACAUAUUUUGUAGUGAUUCGUCUUCUACUGACAGUGUAAUUACGUGGGUUAAGCUUAUCUACAGUUUUAUUUAAUGUGUAGUUAGUUAGAUAUAUGUUGUACAUAGAUGUCAUUAGUUGUUACUUAAGUUUUCACUAAUACUAGUUGUAUUUCUGUUUAAUUUUCUCUACAAAAACUGUUUAAUUGUGGUUUAAUUUUAGUAAGUAAAGUGUAUUAUUAAAUAGACAAAAUGUUUAAAUAGUUCAUCUUUUUUAUAGUCGUUUGAAGUAAACGUUAUACUAUAAAAUUUAACACAGUUCAAGUUAAUUUGUUUUAAUUGCACAAAUGGGAGUGUAUAAACUACAUAUUUUUAAUAUAAACAAAUUACGUUGAAUUUCGGUUUAGUAAAUGAUAUACAUCUCUAUUUUUGAGUAAUUAAUCAAGUAACUUUAAUCUAAAAAGAAAUAGUUGAAAAUUUUGUAUAAAUAAACCAUUACUUCCUACGGUUUGUGUAUUUAUUAUAAAUUUGGCUACUUAACAGUGAAACUGUAUCACUAACAGUUUGCAAUCUGAUAGUUUGGAUUCUGUGCAGAAAAGUAAGACAAUCACAUUGCAAUAAAUUUAUCCUAUAAGUAAUCCAAGUGAAUAAAGUAUCCUAAUGUUUCAUAGGAAAUGUUGAUGAUUUUUCUAAAUUCCUUCAAUAAUAAAGUUCAGUAGAUCAGCACUGUAUUUAAAUUUAUAAUUUUAACUUUUUCUUUAGUGUUUGUCCACAACAUGUGCUGUACAUUGGUCAAAUCUCUUAAAACAACUUAAUAACUUUGAUUGGAUUUAGUUAGACUGCUAAACAGUUAUUCUAAGAUUAGAGUUAAAUAGUUUUAAAUGCUACCUUUAUUUGAAAGGAACAAACAACUUGUAUUACUCAAUAAUAAAAUUAUUAUUUAAUAAUAAGCAAUAAGUUUACUUUUGAUUGCGCUGUGCAAGUUUAUUUCUUGAUAUUUAAUUGAAUCAGCAAAUUCUUGGAAGUACAAUACAUUAAAAUAUUAAACUGAAUAAAUUUAAAAACAUGAAUGCUUAAUGGUUUUAUUAAUGAUUCUAUAGUAUACUUGAUUAACAUUUGAACAGACAGCCCUUUUUAGUAAUACUAUGUUUAUGUGAAUGUUUUUCCCUGUUAUUUAAAAGUGUUCAUUACUUUAUUAUAUAAGAUAAAAUAUAUAAGAUUCUGUAGUUUAUACAUUCUAUGUUUCACUCAUGAAAAUUUCUAAUGUUUAGUGUAAAAAACAUAUUUAAUUUAAAUAAAUUCUAUCUUAAACCGUUAUGUUUUACUGCCAUUAACCUCACUAUUGUAUUUCUUACUUAAUUUACUUAGUCAUUUUAAUCCAUGUGCCAUAACAAAGUUAAGGUGCACACAACCUUGUUCUGUGUUUAUUUACCUCAAUUUAGUCAUUUACAAACCAAUUAAUGACUUGUACAUAAGACAACGUUGUCGUUGGUUUUUUUUUUCUUGUAAAGUAUAUUUUUUAAACAAGAAGAAUUGUUUUGUAAAAAUCUUUUAAAUUGUACAAAUUUGUUAAAUAUAGUCUUGUUU